GGCUUCCGCGAGUACAUGAAGGCAACACUUUGCAGUCUGUAUUCUCCACACGGCGUCUCUCUGCGGCCAUGGUAACACUUUCCUCAAUAGUGGACCUCUGAUUCAAAAAACGCACAAACUAGCGCUUUUCAUGCAGCAUGAAUUUGGCAGAGAUAUGUGACAACGCCAAGAAGGGUCGUGAGUACGCCUUGCUUGGGAACUAUGACUCCUCCAUCGUAUACUACCAGGGAGUCAUUCAGCAGAUCCACAAGCACUGUCAGACCCUCAAAGACCCUGCACUGAAAGUCAAAUGGCAACAGAUCAAGCAGGAACUGACCGAGGAGUAUGAGCAAGUAAAAGGCAUCAUGGCGACGCUCGACAGCUUUAAGUCAGAGAAGCCGAUCGACAUCCUCGCCCCUCAGCCUGAGGAGAAACCUGAGGACCCAACGGUUUGGCCGCCUCCAAUUCCUGCAGAGCACAGGAAUCCAGUUCCGGUGAAGCGGCCCAACAGCGGCAUGAAGCAGCAGAGAAAGGACUCGCCUGGUCUGCAGCACCGAGGGGCGGGACCAGGAGGCCGCGGUCAGGCCGGCUCUAAAGCAGACCGGCCAGGAUCCAGAGACGCCCGAGGCACAAAGUCCAAGGAUGAUAAGGGAAAGAAACCGUCUGGAGAUGCGGAGGGGGAUGUAGAGCAGAAGAAGUUUGAUGGCACAGGAUAUGACAGUGACUUAGUGGACUCACUGGAGAGAGACAUCGUGUCCCGUAACCCCAACGUACACUGGGAUGACAUCGCUGAUCUGGAAGAUGCAAAGAAGCUGCUGAGAGAAGCUGUGGUGUUGCCCAUGUGGAUGCCUGACUUUUUUAAGGGCAUUCGUCGCCCUUGGAAGGGUGUGUUAAUGGUUGGCCCUCCAGGGACCGGGAAGACCAUGCUAGCCAAAGCUGUGGCCACAGAAUGCGGGACGACCUUCUUCAACGUGUCCUCAUCCACCCUCACCUCCAAGUACAGGGGCGAGUCCGAAAAGCUUGUUCGUCUGCUCUUUGAAAUGGCCCGAUUUUAUGCACCAACAACCAUCUUCAUCGAUGAGAUUGACUCCAUCUGUGGAAGGAGAGGAACAUCGGAUGAACACGAAGCCAGCCGGAGGGUUAAAUCUGAGCUUUUAAUCCAGAUGGAUGGUGUUGGGGGAGCCCUGGAGAAUGACGACCCCUCUAAGAUGGUGAUGGUUCUGGCAGCGACAAACUUCCCCUGGGACAUCGACGAGGCGCUGCGGCGGCGGCUGGAGAAGCGGAUCUACAUCCCGCUGCCUACAGCUGAGGGUCGUGUGGAGCUUCUAAAGAUCAACCUGAGGGAGGUGGAGGUGGCCGCCGACGUGGAUCUGGAUCUCAUUGCGGAGAAGAUCGAGGGCUACUCCGGAGCCGACAUCACCAACGUCUGCAGGGACGCGUCCAUGAUGGCGAUGCGCCGCCGAAUCCAAGGCCUGAGCCCCGAGGAGAUCCGAGCCCUGUCCAAAGACGAGCUGCAGAUGCCCGUGACCAUGGAGGACUUCACCCUGACGCUGAAGAAGAUCUCAAAGUCCGUCUCUGCCGCAGACCUGGAAAAGUACGAAGCCUGGAUGGCCGAGUUCGGAUCGGUAUAGAGAGCAAAGGAGGACUGGCAGCUUUGAAAAUGUUGAAAGCCUUGAAGGGGAGGAGUCGAGUGAACUCUGGCAUGUGAACCGGGCAGCACAUCAGGGAUCUGGACUACACAGAGGCUCUAGUUCACAUCAGAAGACUGGUGCCUUUGAGAGAGCAUGAUGAAAGGUUUGAGUGGCUUCACCGCCGCUCUGCACAUGUAGAGACGCCAAUCAUAAAGCUGCUGACUGAGCGAAGCGACCCGAGGGAGACGCAGGGAAGUUUUAAUGUAAAAAGUAGCCUAAUACACACAGGUAGGGAAUGUACUCCAGUCUUACAUCAGGCCUCACGCAAGAACAGGUUUGUGUUGCUAUCCUCGACCCGUCCUUACGCUUUUCUGUGACGCUUGUUUGCAUAAAGCGAGUGUAGGUUAGUCAUUUGGAUAAUUAGCAUAGAUAAAAUUGCUACCAAACCGUUCUGCUCCAUUCGUGGGCGAGUUUCGUUGCAGAAAAUCUGAGUAUAAAAACACCGCCGAGCUGCCACGAGCUCAGCAGUGUAUACAGUCAUAAUAAGAAGCCUGGAUACAGCUCAGAUAGAGGCUCAUCUGGACCUGCAUGAAAAUCACGAGACGGCACUUGUCCCAAAAGAUGUUUCCCAACAAAUACUGCACGGUUUAGCUCGCCAUGCUAAAAUGUGACGCUAGAGCUAACAAAAUUACUGAACCAGAAUGUGGAAAAUAAUUCAUUCAGAUCAAGGAGUUGCACUCAGAGCUUCUAUGUGGGAAUUGUUGUAGGAAACCUCUCGUAAAUUGCAUUCGCGUUCUCUUAAAUCGCUUGUAGAUGCCACUUAGGAACAAACCUGCUCUUGCAUGAGGCCUUUCCUCUCUACAUGUGAGCACUUUUAACGUAUUUCCUCGAGAAGCCGAUGUAUUUACUACUGACUGAACACACUUGAAUUUAACGUGACAUCGCGUAGUGACUGAUUAUGUGUUUAUCUCGUUGGUUUUAAUGUUUGUUUUCGGUUUUAGUUCUGUUGAGAGAAACAAAUGUAGUCGACCCAGGAAAACGGGACCACUGAACUUGUGGAGUUUUUUUAUUAAAGGGUACGCUCAA